GGCAGAAUGACAAAUUACCAAGUGCGGUGUCUCCCAAACCUAGUAAGAACGAUCGAACGAAGAAUAAACCAAAAACAAAAGUGACUUCAAGGCCACGUAAACAACAUAGUAAAAAGAAUCUUAAACAUUCAAAAACAUCUGGAACGGAUGAUAUUCGGGAAAUUGAAGUUCAGCGAUCCAGAAGUGGCAGGUUGAUAUGCCCUGCUUUAGAUUACUGGCGAGGCCAAAGAAUUAACAGUUUUGACGGUGAAAUAUCGAUCAUAAAAUCAAAUUUAGAAGAAGACUCUAAGCUAACUUUGGUGGAGACAAGUAGAAGCAGCAGUGGUUUGCGUCAAGCUCCACUGGUAUCCUCUAGCGUACCAAGUGAAACGGAGGACAUGGACUGGGCACCAGAAGAUCCUUCAAAAACUGAUUCGACCGACAGCCGGACAAGCAAUUUGUCGAGGAAAAAGAACUCAAAAAGUGUUUCGUUUUUGAAAACCGCCUUAUUGCGGGGCGAAAGUCAGUCAGACGGAUCUAGUGUGGAUACGGAUAGUGUUGUUCGAAAACCGAAAGAAAGCACACGCCGAAAAAAACCUCUGAAGCAAAGAACUCAAUAUAUGGGCAAUUUACGAAGUGAAAAUGAAAGUGAAAAACAAACCGAAUCCGAUGCAGAUGAUUCAGUCAAUAUUUCAAGCAGUCCUGAACGAUCGAAAUCGAAAAGAACAAAAAAGGUGAGGAGAAGCCCAGAAACCCAAAGCGGCACAAACCUGACUACGAGAAGGAAAAAUAAGUUGGAAAAAAAAUAUCCUUCGAAAACCAGUACGCGGGUUGAAGAAGCAACGGAUUCUGAUAACCCGGAUGUCGUCCAGGAAAUCGACCUCGAUUCAUUUGAUGAUUCUGAACGACAAAAAAUUGUGAAAAGUUCUUCAAGGACCAUUUUUUUGAGGCCUGCAAGGGGUCGUUUUAUUGCACGCAACAAAACGAAUGGUGAAUUUGUCAAGCCUGUGAAGUCGAAAAGCGAUAGAAGAACACUAUUAAAACAGCCAAUCAAGGAGUCCCAGCAACAGAAUUCUAAGAAAUUAAAAGUUCAAACAGGAAAGUUGGCAUCCAAAACAGGGACAUUAGCUCGGAAACGGGAGUUGCGAGAUAUGUUGGAACAACAAGAUGAAGGAUAUGAAGAUGACGCCUUCGAAGGAACGCCGUUUAGAAGCCAUAAGCAUAGCAGAAUGCACGAAGUGUCCCCAAUUAGAAUUGACCACUCAGAUGAUGUUUUUGACGAGACCUCUGACAGUGAUAUUAAAACGCCAAGCAGCAGAACGCCAACGAAUCGGCUUCGGCCAGCUGGACCGUUAUCCACCGUCAGGUCUGACGUUGACAAUAUGACUCCUGGCUUGUUGAACACCGUUAAUAGGGAUAAUGUUGAUCGUUACGUUAAUCAGUUAAAGAGACAAAAACUACGUAAUAAGCAUAAAAAGGUAGACGUCUCGCGAACACCAUUGACGAAAAAAUCAGUCAACGAUAAUAUGACGGAGGGUGUGGAGUACAGUUUUAAUAUUCAUAAGUUGACCACAAUUGAAGACGAGGAGGACAAAGAUUUCUAUUGGUCUGAUAAUGAGUGAAUGGAAAAGAGAUGGACCGGUAGUAAUUUUAGAUCUAUUUAGACAGGAGGGGGAUAAGUCGCGAUGUGUGAGAUGUGUCUUCGCGAAUAUAUUUUUUUGCUCGUGCAUGAAUGAGUCUUGGAAAAUUGAAUAACUGCUUUUAGGAACAAACAUUUCUGGGCGAAAAAAUGAUCGAGCAGUUGACUCGUGUUAAAAAUUAAUUCCUUCACUUUAGUUUCAAAAUGCAGCAAAAAAUCGGUUUUCGGUGGCAAAUCGCGAUUUACUCUUUUAACCUGCAAACAUGCAUGCUCUUAUAAUUACAAGAGUCGAUUGCGUCUAGAAACGAAAUCUUACAGGGGCAUGCAGCAAUUUUAAAAAAACGCACACAAUAUCGAAUGUACGCACAUAUAAUUUUCUUGCCACCA